AUGCUUUCACCGCUUCUAGCUGGUAUAACGCUGUUGCAGUUCGUGGCGAUGGCGUUCCUCGUCAUUGCAUGUCUAACAGCUCCUGUUUUCCAUCAAAUUGGGUUAAGUAACCAAUCCGGUACCACAUACGGGGUAUUCGGAUACUGUGGAGACAUUACAGGUUGUUCAAAAGCUAAGGCUCAGUACAGUGUUCCUACUGUACAAGCACUAGGUGAUAAUUGGUUAUUUAAUAAAAAUGCAAGACAAAAACUGGGUCAUCUUUUAAUUGCAACUCCAGUGGCAGCAGGUUUGAAUUUUUUUGCAUUCUUAUCACUGAUGAUGACAUUGAUGAGUGCGUUAAUGAGUCGUAAAAACUCUUCGAGUUCAGCAGUUGCAUUUUUCAUCAACUUAUUUUUGAUCGUUUUGGCAUUUUUGGGUUCUACAUUUGUUUGCCUCGUUUGUUUCUUUACUUUUUGGCCUCACGUCACUUGGGUUACUUGGAUUUUGAUACCAGCUGCUGUAUUGCCAUUAAUUGAGAUUCCUACAGUGUUUCUAGCUCAUGCUCGUGGUAAUGCCGAUGGUAGUGGUUUCAUCAAACAUCGUAGACCGAUUAACCUGGAAGAACCUGAUGAUAAGUUUGCUAGCAAUGAACCAAGAGAUGAUGAUAGCUUUGCCGAGGAUAAACCAUUGGUUCUACCUGAUUAUGCAAAGAGACAAAAUCCAGAACCCGUCUUCAAAGUUGAUACGGCUUCAUCUGAUAAAUCCUGGAAAGAGAAACAUGCUGCUGAAGAGAGAACAAGAGAAUUAUCGAGAGAACAUUCUUAUGAAAAUUCCUACGAAAAUUCCUAUGAAAAUUUAUAUGAUGAACCUUUAGCAGUUUCAAACAAUCCUCAACAGGCUGCGUCUGUAAUCCGUUCAGACUCUCAACUGGGCUCACCUGAAAAACAAGCACAUUCUAUGCUUUCUAUGGGUUCCUCAGAAUAUUCGGAGCCUGUUCAAAGAAAUACAGAUUCAAGGGCGGUAUUGGAAGAUAUCAUUAAGGAUACUUUAGGAACUGGUGAUCAACAUACUGAAGUUUCUGAUCACCAGGAUGCUGAAUCUAAUUUUACCUCCAUUUCUCAAAGAGCUACAGCUAGAUCUGCUGGUCCAGAGACUGCUGCUAUGCUACAACAACAACAACAACAACCAAUGCCGCAGGCAUUGCCAGGUCAAGGUGCUAUCCAUAGAAACUAUAUGGGUCCACCACCACAACAAAGAGCUGGUUACGGUUACCAGCCACAAUGGUAUCCACCAAGACCUCAUACUCAUCCUCGUCACAUGUACGGUAGACCAAACGGUUACAUGAUGCCACCAAGAUUAGCGCAGCCUCAUCCAAUGGCAAUGAGAAAUAGUGGUUACGGUCCAGCACCACAUCCAAUGGCAAUGAGAGGGCCACAACAACAUCCAAUGAUGGCCCCUUCAGCAGGACCUCCAUCGCAAAUGGCUGCACCAGCCGCCGGUGUUCCUAUGGGAUCUGCUCCAGCUAAUGGUCCUCACUAUAAACCAGCCUACAAAAAACGUAUGGGGGCACAAAAUGCCAUUCCUUCUGCCGCGGCACUCAAUAACACUUAUGGGUUUAGGUAG